AUGGCGAGCGGGGGCAGGACGGAUCUGGACGGCGGCGCCGUGGCGCCGCUGACCAUCUGCGUGAUCGGCGCCGGCGGCUUCAUCGGCUCGCACCUCUGCGAGAAGCUCAUGGCCGAGACCCCGCACACCGUCCUCGCCGUCGACGUCUACUGCGACAAGAUCCGCCACCUCGUCGACCNNCCCCCGCCCCACCUCGCCGGCCGCAUCGCCUUCCACCGCCUAAACAUCAAGAACGACUCCCGCCUCGAGGGCCUCAUCAAGAUGGCCGAUCUGACGAUAAACCUGGCGGCGAUCUGCACGCCGGCGGACUACAACACGCGCCCGCUCGACACCAUCUACAGCAACUUCAUCGACGCGCUCCCGGUGGUCAAGUACUGCUCGGAGAACAGCAAGCGUCUGAUCCACUUCUCCACGUGCGAGGUCUACGGCAAGACCAUCGGCAGCUUCCUCCCCAAGGACCACCCCCUCCGCAAGGAAGCUGAAUUUUAUGUGCUGACAGAAGAUGAGUCACCCUGCAUCUUUGGUCCAAUCGUGAAACAGAGAUGGUCCUACGCGUGCGCAAAGCAGCUUAUCGAGAGGCUUGUUUUUGCUGAAGGCGCAGAAAAUGGCCUUGAAUUCACGAUUGUGAGACCUUUCAAUUGGAUUGGGCCAAGGAUGGACUUCAUUCCUGGCGUUGAUGGUCCUAGCGAGGGUGUUCCUCGGGUUUUGGCUUGCUUCAGCAACAAUCUCCUGCGCAGAGAGCCCCUGAAGCUUGUCGAUGGCGGCGAGUCCCAGAGAACUUUUGUUUACAUCAAGGAUGCCAUUGAAGCUGUUCUUUUGAUGAUUGAAAACCCUGCUCGAGCCAAUGGUCAUAUCUUCAAUGUUGGGAAUCCUGACAAUGAAGUCACUGUUAGGGAGUUGGCCGAAAUGAUGACAGAGGUCUACGCUAAGGUCUCAGGAGAGCCCCCGCUGGAGGAGCCUGUGAUCGACGUGAGCGCGAAAGAAUUCUAUGGGGAAGGGUACGACGACAGCGACAAGAGGAUCCCCGACAUGACCCUGAUCAACAAGCAGCUAGGGUGGAACCCCAAGACCCCUCUCAAGGACCUGCUGGAGACGACGCUGACCUACCAGCACAAGACCUACAAGGAGGCCGUCAAGACGCAGAUGUGCCUGGCCACGGCGACGCCUUCAAGCUAG